AUGUUUUAUAAAUUAAAUUUUAAUCUAUUUUUUUUCUUGUUUAUUACUUUGGUCAUUCCUUUAUAUGGACUUGAUAUUGAAUUAACUGUAAUCAUUCCAGCUAAUCAACGUGAAUGUUUUCAUCAAAUUCUUGAACAAGAUAAAAAAAUUGAAAUUGAAUAUGAAGUAUUAGCCGGUGGUGAUAUUGAUAUAAAUUAUUGGUUUUAUUCUCCAACGAAUCGUAUUUUACAAACAGAAUUUAAAAAACAUGAUGGUCAUCAAAGAUUAAAAUUAGAAGAAACAGGAGAAUAUCGUUUUUGUUUUGAUAAUUCAUUUUCACGUUUUAGUCAAAAACAAGUUUAUUUUAGUUUAAGAUCAUUUAAUGAACAAGGCAUAGUUGAAAAAGAUGAUGUAACAGAAUCAUGGAUAAAUUCAAUGGAUAAAGAUGAACUUGGAGAUUUACAAGAUAAAAUUCAAGAUAUAAAAGAUUUAUUUCAACGUAUAUGGGAUAGUAUGGAAGCAGCUCAACGUUAUCAAAAUAUAUUUAAAAAUUUUGAAGUACAUGAUCGUAUUUUAGCUGAAAAUAAUUUUGAUCGUAUUAAUUUUUGGUCUACUAUAAAUUUAACUCUGAUGAUUAUUGUAACAAUUAUACAAGUUAUAACUAUUCGUAGUUUAUUUGAAGUAAAUUCUGCUUAUGGUAAAUUUUUACGUGGAAAAAAUACUAAAAACUAA